AUGGCCUCCCUGCCAUUUCCUGCCCCUGUUCAUAUCGGGGUGGUGACCUCUGGAGGGGAUCAUGCUCAGCUGCAUAGAUUCACUGCAGAGAGGAAUCUGAGCAAGAUGGAGAAGCUGCUGAAGACAGGUGAGACAUCUGUGUUGUGAUCAUGAUACAAGUAUUUUCCUUUUUUAAAAACAUCAAUGACUGAAACACAUAAAAACCUUAUAACCUGGUCUGGGUUAGUCCUAUUCUGAGUUAGUCCUGGUUUUAAGUUGUGCUGGUGGGAUGGACAGGAAGUGUAGUGAACUGGACUUGAGGGAGCAAGCUGGUUAGUGGGUUAGGUCAGUGCUGUGAGGAGGAACAUGCUUAUCUUGGCCAACAAGUUCCUCAUUGCAUUCAGGCAAACUUGAUUAAGUUUAAAGGAAAAUUUUUCUGUACAUCACCUGCUUAUGGAUGAUAAACUAUAUCAAAAUGAUUCAUGAACAGAGUGUGUCUUUUUGUGUUCCAGGUGUGAAUGUGGACUGUGUGAACCACCAGGGCCAGACUCCUCUAUAUUGUGCUGCACUGUGGGGACAGGUGAAAGUGACAGACCUGCUGCUGAAUUAUGGAGCCAACCCCAACCAGUAAGUCUAGACCUGAGAAGCCGUCUGAAGACUUAAUGUUAUAAUAGUGAGUCCAUGGCCUCCAAGAGUCAUGAGAAUGAGGUUUUGCUUCAAAGAAUAAAACAUGAAAGUGUAUCAAUAUAAGGUGUUAGCAAGAGGAACAAGACUGGGACCAGGAUCCCAAAUCUAUCCAUGUCAUAAUAGACUGUGUGUUACAGCACACAUUGAUCAAUAAUAAUGAAACCUUUCACCUGACAAACCCUGAUGUGUGAACACUUGUCUUCCAGUCGCUGUGAGGAUGACAGCACCCCGGUUCAUGCAGGUGUGUUUUCCUGCAAUCCCUUAGUGGUGAGCAGCCUGCUGGAUUCUGGAGGAGACCUGAGACUCCAUGACAAGGAGGGAAGGACCCCCUUUGACUGGCUCAGGUCUGCACCACAGGAGGGCAGGAGCAGGGUAACUAUGCACUUCCCACAGAGAUAAAAAAAAAAAAUAAUAAAUAAAGUAAGAUGAAAUGAUACAAUACUCAUUAUGUUUAAAUUUGAUUAUAUAUAAAAUCACUGAAGCCUGUGAAAAAAUAAAUUCCCAUGCAUCUUCAACCAGAGGCUGGAAUAGGUGACUAAAAGUGAUCACUUCCUCUGGAUCGUGAUAGUUCAGAGGAAGUUGUUUUUUUUGCCAACAUGUUAUUUUCAUGACAAAUCUUAUCUAUCUUGACUUUUAUUACUAUUUACUAUAUGCCUGAUGUUGGUGUUCAGUGAAUCUUUCUGUUCCAGCACUGUGCAUGGGUUACAAAUCAAAAUAGACUAUUUUGGAGCCUAAGAGUUCAUAUUUUCACAGUGGUAAACAGCUGGUAUCAAAUAUUCACUUUUUGUUCUGGUAUCUCAUUAAAAUGAAAAUUCUGGUGUUGUGACAACCCUUCAAGUGAAGAUAAAAAAACAUGGACAGGACAACAGGACGUUAAGCAGAUAUAAAUACUGUCACAUGUAACAGGAACAUGAAACAGUUAUAUAGCACAUAAAAAAAACAUCCAGAAAACCAUUAAAAAAUAUUAAGACAAAUAAAAUUAGUGACACAGAGUGUGUGUAAGAGAAAUAAGAACAUUAAGUAUGAGGCGAUGCAAAACAUAUAAUAAAGAUCAUUUAUGAAAGGUCAUAAAUGAUGCUGGUUCUGUCUCUUCAGAUGGAGGAUUUCCUGCAGAGCUGCAUGUCCUCCAUGGAGCAGCUUUUGAGUCCAGACAAGAUGAAGAUCUGCGGUUGUGCCCUCUAUAGCUCAACCUUCUCUUUGUUACAGCCUGUGUCUCUGCUGGAUCGUAUAAAAUCGUGGUAUUGAUGAUUGAAAUCUACACAGAUGGAAGACAUUUUUGUUAUUAUUUUCUCAUGUUUAUUGGCAGGAGUAUUUUUCACAGAACUAUCAUUAAGGGAAAAAAUCUGCCUUUUUUUACAUGUAUAUCUGUAAGUAUGUGACAUUAGUGUGGUUUGUUUGUGUGUGUGUUCUCUUUAGUGACAAACAAUUCAACAAGAAGACAGUGAGCAGAUGUUCUCCUAAAGAAGCCUUCAGUUUAGGCUUUGGAAAGGUAAAGAAAACAUUUAUUUGGAACUGAAGAUAGAUUGAUAGACAGAUUGAGUGAGUGAGUGAGUCAGGUCAGUUGUUUUCUGAUAUCAUAUCAUUUGUUAAACAACUUGUUGAUAACCUUCAUAACUCUGGUAACCAUUGAGACUGAAAUUAAACAUGUUAUAUCAGGUUCUUAUCACUAGAGGGCAGCAGACACAGUGCAAAAUGAUUAUUUGGAGCUGUUCAGUAGUUGUCUGUAUCUGUCUGCUGUGAGCAGGUAGAUUUAUAACUGAAACAGGCUGUAACAGUAAAAGCAAAUAUGAAACACACCAUAAUCAUUGUGUUCAACUUGUUGUUACUGCUGUUAGAGCUGGAACAGUACAAGACAGAGUUAAGCUCCUUCAACCCUUUGAAUACAUUUAAAAUAACUUAAAAAUAGACGUGUGACACAUGUGAGAUGAAGGUGUGAGAAUAAAGAACGUGUUUUACCUACUGCCUCUUUCUUCACAGAGCCUGUGUUUACACUCACUGUCACUUGAAUAGUAUACAGAAUAAUGUUACAAACCAUUUAUGAGCGGCAAUAACAGUGUAAUAAGAAUUAAAUUACACUACAUUGUGUGUCUCUGUGAUGACAUAGACAUGAAGAAGUCUGUGUUGGAUUUAUAAAGUGGUAAUCAAACCGAACCAGUCUUUAUAUUGAUUUUUAGUUCAUGUUGUCACUGGUUGAUAUUGUUGCCUUGAGUGUUCAGCAUAGAAUCACACUCACAGAUGUCCCUGUGUUCACUGCUCUUUGUCUUCUUUGUUUUCUUCCAGCUGUGUGUGAGCCAGACAAGUUUAGGUGUUUCUGUCCCAGCCUCAGUUCCUCUGAUCAGAGACGCUUAUCUGACUCAUGACCAGCCUCUGCUCACCCUCCCCUGUGGACCUCUGACCGUCAUGACCAGGUGACACUGCCACUACACCUCACAGAACCUCAACAACAGCCAAAGCUGGAUAUGAUAAAUAACCAAAACACAACCAGUUUCAAAAAAAUGUUGCCACGACACCAGCUUUUCUUGACGUUGUGUCAAUCAAUUGGAGGUAGAGUCAUGUGUCUUCUGUCUCUUCUAAAACAGGAGGGUUUGUAAUGGGAGAGAGAGUGAGAGCUGUUUUGACUUUUUGUCUGUUGAAUAAUCAAUAAAACAAAAAAAAUAUGUAAAAUAUAUUUGAAAAGGUUUAUAGAUCUCCCACUUACCCCUAUAACAUCACCAUCAGAACAUGACAACCAACAACUACAUUAUGAGAGCACCCUCAACCAUGAUUAUGGAAAACCCCCUGUCACACAGGGUUAAUUUCACAUAAGGACCAAAACCCAACAAUCUCAACAACAGUGGAGUUGAAAUACAAACUUUAUAUACUCUUAAUUUAUCUGUAAAACAUGACACAGACACACAGCCCUGACCACACCCUCCUCCAGCGUGUUUGCUGAUGUAGCAUUUCUGUACAGACUGCUAUUCUGCUUUUAUUUCUGUCAUGUCCAUGUCUGUAAAAUAAAAUCUUCUGAGUGUGUCUAGUUCUGAUGGAGCUGCUCUGAGCUGUUUGACACUGAAACAGCUGAUCUGAACAGAAACAUACAAGAUUGUUACAAACUCGGAUAGAUAGAUAAUGAUAAUGUCGGCUGUGUGUUUCAGGUCCAGCUGGAGGGGGUCCACAGUGUCGGUAAAAACACUGAGAAAAACUGAGACAGAAUACCUGGACCUCCUGAACACAGAACUGCAGUACUGCAGGUCAGACCACAUACUACCUGGUCUUCCCCUGUCAAACAUGAUCUGCUCUCUGUUUUUCUGUUUCAUUUUCUCCUCUCUGGUUUGAUAAAAAGCAUGGAGAUCAAAUGUCCCUGACAAAUCGACUCAUUCAAUAUAAAACUCUAUUCGACAUGAAGCAGACAUGCUAACACAGAGCCAAACCUACUUUGUCAAAUUCAACUUCUCAAAGACUCAAGUCAAUGAUAUCUGUUUUUCUGAUUAAAGUCUUCCAGACAGCAGUGAUCACUUUUGAGUUGUAGGCUGUGAUUUACAUGAUCACAGCUGGAAGAGGAAAUUUGAGUUAAACAUGUUUGUGGAGGGGGAAGUAAGGUCCCGACUGUGGUUGAUGCAGCAAGUGUGUUCUUCUUCCAGAGAUACUCCAACACUCCUCCAACUGAUGUGACAGGAUAAAUCUGUGGACUUAUGAAUCUGUUUUUAUGUGUGUGUUGUGUACUCAGCCAGCUGCUCCAUCCUCAGCUGCUUCAGCUGAUAGCAGUCGCUGUAUCUGAUGACCUCCUCAGUACCAGUCUGGUGUUUGAGCAGGUCAACGUCGGUACACUACACAACCUGGUGCACACCAAGGUAACACACACGCACACUACAGUGUAACACACACAUAAGUACUUUGCAGGUCUCGAAGCAGAGGAUGAUGAUUGAGGUUUAGAGUAUAUAAAGAACAGAUGAUCCUGUUUCUGAUUAGUAAUUUGUUUUUCACAAUUAUAAUCACACUUAGUUGGGACCACAUUUGCAUUUCACCCCUUUUCUUACAGACUCAUUCACAAAGCCCUCAUGUUUUCCCUGAAACUGACCAAAAUUUAAGACAAAAUCUCUGAUCAGCUUCUGGGGAGCCACCAUCAGUGUUAAUAGUGUUUUAUUUAAGAAGCAGCAGAGUUUGCUGCAGGCUUGUUUAAAACUUCAAUAUCUCUGCAAAUCAUGUUUUUCAAUCCAGUCCAGCUGCAGCUUUUAUGCUCUAUGAUUGUUUUUCUAUCUCCUAUAAGUUUAAUAUUUUGUUUUUUGAAAAGUCUUGCCUGUAACACCAGAAAAAUCUGAGUCUGCCUCCCCUUCGUGUAAGAGUGCUGUGCUCUUUUACUUUUUGUCAUUGAUAGGUUAAUUAUGGUCAUUGUGUUGUUUUUAGAGAUGAAUGAUUGGUAAUUGAAGGUCAUUGGUUGGUUAACAGUGGUUAGUGUUAAUGUUGCAGAGGCUACAUUAAAUCACCGCUUUUAAGGUCUGUGUGUUUUUCUCCCUGCCCCAGCAGCGAGCAGCGUUUCCACUCCUAAAGGAAAGUUGGAUCCUGUCAGUGAUUUUUCAGGUUUGUGAGGGUCUGCAGUUCCUCCACAAGGGGGCGCUGGUGAUGAGGGCCCUCUCCUCACACAGUGUGGUCCUCACAGAGUUCUCUGUGGCCAAGCUAACCGGGUUUGGCUUCAUGGUCCCCAGGUAGGCAGGUUCAGAUGAAUACCAGGCUUAGAGAAGCUUCUGUUAGAGCUGAAUGCGUACUCAAUCAGUCAAACUUUAACAUGUAGGUAGGUGCAUAUUCUAUACAUUAGUCAGCAUACACAGUGUUUAAGUUUCCCAGUUCUGUUUACACUUAACAUUUCACAGCAGAACCUAUGAUUUCCUGAUCUCUGUAAAUAUUGUUAAAACAAAAAUACUGUGAUACCAGCAUGUUUCACUGCACUCUGUUAUAAAGAGGUUCUAUGUUUGUGUGUGUUUGUCAGCAGUGAAAACACAUGUGUUCAACCACCCCACCACAUGGCCCUCCCUCCCUGCCUGUAUAGGUGGGCUGCUCCUGAGGUUAUCAAACAGAGGCCUUGCAGGGAGGAGGCUGACAUCUACAGUGUGUGUGCUCUGAUCCUGGAGCUGUACACAGGUGUGUCUCACACCUUCAUCUCUGUGGUGGCGAGAAUGCUGGGAUGCCUAUACAGUGUUGAGCACUGUUGUCUGGGUAGUAAGAUCUCUCAUGAGUUGGGCAUUGGUUCCUGGUACUGUUGCCCUUUAGGUGAUGGGCACUUCAGUCUGUAGGAUACUGGUUAGGUGUCAGCUUUCUCUAAUGGAAGAUCAUUCGCAUUUGAUGUGUCUAACAUUGUCUCAGAUGAAGAACCAUGGAGCACAGUGGAGGUUGACAGAAUCAAACCGGCAAUGGAUUCAGGUCAGACCCUUGCAGUAAACAGCAGUCUGCCACAGCCACACUAUAAAAUAGUCCUCACUGGUCUGCAGCUGGAGCCCCAGAACCGAACCUGCAGCCUGCAGAAUCUGAGAUUCACUUUGCAGCAGGAAAUCAAGGUGACUCUUUAAACACAGGCCAUCCUCUAUAUUUAAGUAUGAGUGGUCUGUAGUGUUUGAAACACACCCUGCAAAAGGAAGCAAGGUGACUUUUGGAAUUUAAUGAAGUCUUACUGAUAUUUAUAAUUAUGUGUUUGUAUCCAACUGUGUAGAAAUGCUCUAUGGAAGAACAGCCAAGGAGUUGCAUCUGUGCUACUCUAGAACCAGAUCCUGGAGUCCAGACUACCUCCCAGCAUACCAGAGGGGAAGAACCAGUUCAGAGUGGCAGUGAGAAUGACACACUUACAUAGUGUUUUCAUUUGAAUGCAGAUUAAGAAAAGCUGUGCAAUCACUCAUCUCAGAUUUAUUGAAUGUUAUUUGUAUGUUUUUAGAAAUGCAACCCUCCCCACUCUGCCUAACUUUCAGAAAAGGAAUCCAUUUGCAAUAAUCAGGUCCUAGACAUAGACUGUAUAUACUAUGGACAACUUGGCUCUGCCUUCCGUCAUUAUACGAAUCUGAACCCGAAUUGCCCUUGGUAUUUCUGGGAUUUUCUCCACUUUCUGAAACCACCACUUGAGCAGUAGCGUUGUACUAAUUGGGCAGGAGAGUCACUGUGAUGAUGCUCUCCUCAAACAGCGUAUCCCACGGGUAAGCUACACAAUCUUCGUACGCCCUUAGGCUGUCUCAAGUGUCAAUCAUAGAAAACAUGAACCCUCCAAUAACUUUCAAAAAUUGAGCUGUACAGAAAAAAGAAGAGUUGAGCACAAACCGAUCUUACAGUAACUACAUGUCAACACCACAAGCAGGGGGGAGAAAAAUUUAUGUUCUGUGUAAUAAGUUUCUAAAGUUUGUCCACAGCUCCAUAGGGAUUGCUGGAGGAGGCGGGAUUUAUGACCUAUACUGCAGCCUGUCACUAAAGGGUCCUGUUCUCAGAAAGGCUCCAACCAGCGAGGAGGCAGAUGGUGUUCAUUCUAUAUACAGUCUAUGGUCCUAGACCAGGGGUGGGCAAUCAUGGGCCAUGGAGGGCCUAGAGGCUGCAGGUUUUCUUUCUAACCCAAAACUCCACCAGGUGAUUUCACUGAUUAGUCCCCGCUCUCUGCUUGGAGGUAAGGUAAUCAGUGAAAUCACCUGGUGGAGUUUUGGGUUGGAAAGAAAACCUGCUGCCUCUCGGCCCUCCAUGGCACAUGAUUGCCCACCCCUGUCCUAGACCCUCAUCAGGGUAACAUUCUGUGAUAGAGCAGCAAGUCUAAAUAAACAGGUCAGACCAUGUGUUUUAUAGUCUAGUUUGGCAAGUUUAGGAAGCCAGGAAAAUUGAUUGUUUUAUGUUGUGAGGUGUGUCAUAGUGAAAAAUAAUACAGGCCACGCUUGAGACGCCUCACAAACUCUAGUUAGAAAGCCUUGCAUGUUUGAUUUUUCUGCGGUCCAUCAGGUCUCAGCGGAAAUUUGUGACUCUGGGAUCACCUCAUAUGACACAGUGACCACAUUCUAUCUAGUUAACUAAUCUGAUCUUGGUAUUACAAAUUGUUUGCAAUUGUUUGCAUGUUUAAAGUUAACAUACAGUUGUCAGUGAAAGUCAGGGCACCCCUUUAAAAAAAAGCAUAGUUUAUUUAUUAAAAAAUUAACCUUGAUAUUUAUAGUCUCUCUGGUAAAUAGGAAAAAAGACAAUAUUAUCAGAAAUCAUUAAUGCACAGUCACUUUUUAUUUUAUAAAAAGUACAAAAUUACAAAAAUAAAAAUCUUUUUGGCAUGUGCAAAUGUCAGGGCACCCUGAGAGCUUUAAAGUGUCUGGUCUUUAAAGAUUCUUUUCAGAAGCUCAGACUUUCACCAGCUCGUUAGUCGUGAAGCAGGUGUCAACAAUUCUCAUCAGGGAGCGCCAGCUGGUGCCAAUUUAAGGGGUUUCAUCUCCACAAACCUUGUGCAUUCAUAAAUAAACUUUGCUUUUUUUAAAGGGGUGCCCUGACUUUCACAACUGUAUUUUUCAGUAGCUGUAAGAGGUUUUGUGUAUUUUGAUCUUCAAAUGUUUGAGUAAAGUUGGUUUCUGUUUUGAGUAGUUUUGCAUGGAUGAUUAAUGGGGUCACUCUAUUUUCUCUAGGUGAAAGUUCAUCUGUAAAAUCAUUCACAGCCCCAAGCACAGAGGCAAGAAGACACAAGCUUGGAGAGGAACAACUGGACACACUGCAAGACACACAGCUGGACAGAGACAGAUACAAAUGUGACGCAGGAAGUUUCAUGCUCAAAUACUGUUACUCACAAAACCUUCCUCUAUCAACUAAGUCUGAGUCUGGCAGUGCUGAGGAAGAGUCUGAAUCUGGCAGUGAUGAGGAAGAGUUCUGCUUUGGCAGUGCUGGUGAAGAGUCUGACUCUGGCAGUGCUGAUGAAGAGUCUGAAUCUGGCAGUGCUGUGGAAGAGUCUGAAUCAGAAAGAGCUGAGGAAGAGUUUGGCUCUGGCAGUGCUGAUGAAGAGUCUGAUUCUUACAGAGCUGAAGAAGAGUUUAAAUCUGGCAGUGCUGAUGAAGAGUGUGACUCUGGCAGUGCUGAUGAAGAGUCUGAAUCUUCCAGAGCUGAUGAAGAGUCUGAAUCUUACAGAGCUGAUGAAGAGUCUGAAUCUGGCAGUGCUGAGGAAGAGUUCGACUCUGGCAGCGCUGAUAGAGAGCUGAUUGAAGAGCUAAGGCUGUCCACUGAGGAUCAGCACAUCAAUACAAUAUUGGUAAACCUCAAGGUGUCCAAAGAGCUGCUGCAGCAGGCACAUAAGAGCCUGGACAUAGUGGAGGAACACCACCAGCUGAUCUGUAGAGGGAAGGAUCAGCUGGACCCCUUCUCCAUGUCCUCAGCAGAUCUCUGUGGGGUCAGUACUGCUGUUGGAUGUCCGUCGAAGAGGUACACUCUCCUUCCUCAAUGGAGUGGCCAGAGCUGGAGAGAGAACCUAGUUUCCCAGCUUCAGAGCAGAGUCUUUCAGUUGCUGAGUGAGGAGGAGCUGUCUUCAUGGUUGAGUCUGUGUCCACCCGAGCAGCAAACUGAGCAGAACCAGUCUCCUCUGAGUCUCUCCUCAGAGAGGGAUAGCCACUAUGUUUCAGCUGUGGACACUAGUGUCCUGUUUAAGAGGAAGCAGCAGGUAUGGACUUCCCACCACUGCCGUUAUGGGCAUGUGUUAAGAACAUCAGAUGUACUGUACUGUAGGCUGAGCCCACUUUGUGGCCUGCCUGGAUUAAUGCUUAUCAUAUCGCUUGAAAAAGAGAUAAAAAUAGAGACAAAAUGAAACUAAAGGCCCAGUUCAUUCAGAAUCCACAUGUGGUUUGUGUCCUGCAGACAUCUAGCUCAGAAGAUGAAGCAGAUGUAACAGGGGAGGUAUGCAGACUAGCAGCUACUGGGACUCAUCUGCAGGAUACUUUUGACACCAGUAAGACUUGAACUGGUGUCCCCUUGUUUUAAGUGAACUGGAUCAUGUCUGCAAACUGCUGUAAAAUGCUGACAGUGCUUCUUUUUGCCUCCUCAGAGUAUGAGAGUUUCUCCAAACACUGUGAGGAAAGUGAAUCUGACGCUGCUGUCAGUCACAAACAAUCCACAGCCAACACCAACAUGUAAGGACCCUGUAUUGAGCAUGUGUUUAACACACUGACGUACCUGAGACUGUGCACCUGAAGACUCAUGAUUCAGUCAAUGAAAAUAGGUUGUGCUAACAGCACCUUGAAUAAUGCAUCUGCAUUUGCUGUCUGAAGGAUUAUAGGGUUCAUUAGACAGAACAGAUUUCCACAAUAUUCAGUCACAUAAACACCAUUAAGUACUGCAGCUUAAGUAUUAGCGUCCCCCAUUAAUUCUGCAAGCUGUGCUGUGUGCCAUCAUACUGAGGGAGAUCAAACACUGAGGGGAUAUACUUCUCACCAGUUUAAUGAGGAGUUAAUUUAUGGCAGAUAUGACUCAGAUUCCUUCUUCACAGAGUUAGUUUGCAAAGAGCAGUAAGUCCAGAUAAAAGGAUUUGAGUCACAGACAGCCUCAGACUUACAAAGUAUAAUACCUGAUAUUAGCUGUGGGAUGAUUUUAUGACUUGGGCCCUAGGUGUGUGGAUAAAUUUCAGAUCUUUGUAUGAGUUCUCAGCUUUACAGAGGAGGACGUAAAAAAAAAAGAAAAAUUACCGACCAGUUUGGAUUAUUCUAUCAUGUUUUUUUUUUAACCUUUUCUCUUGAUCUAGUCCUCAGUUUGUGUCAUUUAAUCUUUUAAGUAGGUAAUUCAGCAUAGAAAACUUAAAUCAAAAAAAUCAAGUUUAUACUGAUCCUACUCUAAUUUGUAUGUGUUUGUGUCAGGACCAGGUCAGACGCGGGUCUGUUGGCCGAACUGUCCAGCAUCAUGUGUUCUCCAGCUAACCUUCAGCAGAAGCGCCGUAGUCCCUUUGUAAACACACCAGCCCUACCAUAUAACAGCACCCCUCACUGCCCAGGUAACACUCACACACACAGCAGCUCUGCAUGGUUUCAGUCCAGAACAAGAUAGGUCUGUAUCAGUACAGUAAUAUGUAUAAGUCUGUAAAUAAUGAUGCUCAGGAGAAAGUUUUAGACCUGUAAACUUGUAAACCAAUUCCAAAGUAACAGGUUUUAUCAUACAUUCGUCCAGAUGUUGAUAACAUUUUUUAGGUCCUGUCCCAAGUGUCCAAAAGCGGUUUUCUUGUUACUGUCAGCCUGUAGAUUUUCUUGAAAUUGUACACUCGAGAAAGAAGAAAGAGAAAGAUUGAGACCAGCUAAGUAGAGCUGGUCCAAGGCAUAAGUGAACUAAGCGCCAAUAGGGGGCCCCCAAGAGCAAUCAAAAAAAUAAUAAUAAUUUUUUAUUUUUUGCAUGUAUGAGUGAUGCUUUCUGUAUAACCAAAUAGAUAUUAUGGCAAAAAUAAAAUAAAGUAAAAACAUUUUAGUGCUGCUGCUGAUGCAGGCCUAUGAUUCUUACUGCUGAUAUGUCAAAGCUCUAGUACCGUUAUGUGCCUUCUGCUGUGCAAUGUGCACUGAGCAUCCAAAGCGCAGGUAGUUAUGGGGCAAACCAAUGUCACAAAGAUGGAUAUAUCUUUCAGGAGCAGAGAAAAGAAAGAGAAAGAAGAGGAAAAAAGCCAAGAUAAAAGUAUGUUUGCAUCAAUAUUAUUGGCAGAAAUAGAGGGCCCCAAAAUCAAAUUUAGCUUAGGGCCCCAUUGAGGAUUGGGCCGGCUCUGCAGCUACGUCAGACUCUGGAGGUCUUUCUGCUCUUGUAUCCAGAAACAUUUGAAACGGCUCUCUUUGUGACAUUUCUGAACCUUCCUGUUAACGUAAGGCAACCAAAAAUAUACUGUCCCUAUUUUAGAAGAAAAAUAAAUCUGUUGAAGUUACGUCUUUUCAUGGACUUCUGGAUCCUCUACUCCAGUUUCAGUUGUGUUGGGUUUGAAAUGUUAUUGUUCUUUGACAGAUCCUCUUUGGCAAGUGAAGAACACCCAGGCCAAUCUCCCACAAUCCCCUGCAUGUAGGUCCUUCAGUCUUGUAAAGAUGAGGAGCUAUAACGAGGUGAGAGGAAACUCAGUAAAGGUUCACACCAACACUGUGGAGUAAUUCAAAGUAAUUCAAACAGGCCAAUAAAGGGUUAACUGCUUUAAUUCUACUGCAGAUGCUGUGUGAUCUGUUAUGUCAUCAGGUCUCAUUGUUUAAAGAUAUACAGCAGAAAUAUUUGCACUUCUGCAGAGUGUCUCUGAUAUUUCUGGAGUAUGUCUUUUGAAUCUGCAGCAUGUUUGUUGUGGUGUUAAUGCAUCUUGUUUGUCCUCGUCAGCCACCAUAGACAGGUCAUGUUGGAUACUUUCUGUCUUCACAGCUGACUGGGUCUCCAUCUGUGAACUCUCAGGGCUUCAGCAGCUGUCAGCCUCCACCCUUCAGUGUGGACUCUCUCAGCAGCCCUCAGACCUUCAUCACUGCCCAACUGCAGGAAGACACCCUAUCUCCACCCUCUGCUGUUCACAGCACUGAGGAAGAGGAAGACAGAGGAGGACCAGAGGAGGCAGGGGAGACAGCAGGAGAGUCUGAGCUAGAGCAGAGGGAAGAGGAUGGAACCAGCUGCAAACACGCACAAGUGCAUAUAGAGGUCGAGAAAGAGGAAAAAGAUGAUGGAGAAAGCUGCAGGCAUCCACAGGUAUAUGAAGAGGAAGGAGAUGAUGGAGAAAUCUGCUGGCAUCCACAGGUACAUGCAGAAGAUGAAGAUGAAGAAGAUGAUGGGACCAACUGCAAACAUGCACAGGUACAUGCAGAGGAGGAACAGAAAGAGAAAGAAGAUAAUGGAACCAGCAGUCAUCCUCAUGUGGAGGUACAUGUGGAGGAGGAAGAGGGGGGUCAGGAGGAAAAAAAGGUGGAGGAAGAGGAAGUGUCCAGCUGCAGACAGCCGCAAGCACAUUUGGAGGAGGAAAAGGAGGGUAGAGAGAGGGAGGAGGAGCAGUUUGAUGAAAAGGGAUGUGUUUGGGAGUUUUGUGAUGAGGAGGAGCACUUUGAAGGCGGCAAUGAUGAAGAGGAGCGUGACAAGUACAGUUUUGAAGAGAAGUGUGUUGAAGUAUAUGAGUAUGAAGAAGAAGUGGUAGUGGGAUGCAACGAUGAAGAGGGAGGUGUAAAGGGCAGUGCUGAAGAGGAGGUUGCGAACUUGUGCAGUGAUGAAGAGGAAGCUGUUAAAGUAUGCAGUGAUGAAGAGGAGGCUGUUAAAGUGUGCAAUGAUGAAGAGGAGUGUGGUGUAUGUGAACUACAGAGAGGUGAGUAUGGUCCAGGUGUGUUUAAUGGAACAGUUGAACAGGCGUUGAUCCACACAAGCUGUAGUUUUAAUGUAACCUCUGUAGGUCAGUGAUGGCAUACGGCCCUUUUAGAACAUAGUGGAGUAACCAUGGUAACACCCACUGAGUGUCAGACAACAAAAAUUGCCUGGUCUGGAGAAAAUGAUGAUCAGAGCCUAGCUUUAAUGAAGCUGAACAGUGCUCAGUAAUCAUGACAUUCUCUUUUAGGGGCAGUUUACAUCCUCAGUUAAACUGAUAUUUCAGUCAGGACUAUCAUUGUCAAAGAAUAUUUAUUUGUACGCAGUAAGUUUCAUUUGGCAGUAUGAUCCUGUUCCGAGAGGUCCCUUCCCUUCCAGGUGUACAUGUGAAAUACCAAAGCAUGAGUUAGUAAAACACUUCCUCUCUAUUUAAUUCGUAAACACGAAAAGCCGAGGCGGGUAGAGCAGCAGCAAAGACCCUCAGCGUACAGAAAAAAGCAGGCACUUGUACAGUGAGAGUAUUAAAAGGAGGAGCUGUGCAGUUAGAGUGACACACUGUGUAUACAUCAUACUGCAGAGCCUCUGCAAACACCAAUCCCCCAGUGGAGGUUUCAAGCAUUAAGAAUGACUAUAUUAAAAUAAUAACUCUCCAGUCUGAUGGUGUGAUGUAAUUUAUAGCCCAUGCAGAGACAAUAGGAUUAAUCAGUCUGUUUAUGAGCAUAUAAUGAACUCCUAACAGGAGAUCUAAGGAAAAAAAAUGUGCCCACAAAAUAAAAUGCAAGUAAAAUAGACUUAUCUUUCAUUAGAUUUAAUACGUCAUGUUUGAAGGAGGUAACACAAGCCUGUUACACAAAGUCAGAGGUCUGCUCUGCUGAAACAUCAUCAUUUGUUUGUAGAGCUUUUGUUUUUUGUUUGUUUUUUGUUAAUCAGAAUGGAGCGAUGUCACUGCCUGAUUCAGAGGAGAAAAAAGAUCACCUGAUGGAGUCACAGCACAGUUUACCAGAAGACACUGAUCGGUGCGAAACAGGAGCUACACACACAAACACACCAUGGUUGUACAGCUUUACAUGUGUAAACUGCUGGGAUUGUUGGUAAACUCCCUUGUAUUGUGCAAAUAUGGCCCUUUUUUUUAGUUUUCUGACCUCUUCAAGUGUAUUAAUGCUGCUUUUCACAUUCAUUCACUGCACAUUCAUGUCCUGAUGGCCGAGGCUUCUCUCUGAUACUUAGAAAUAUGACCUGAUCUGCCAGUGAGCUACAGCACUUGUCUUUGCUUGAUUUGUUUUAAGCAGAGUGACACUGAAAACAGACUCUUUUCCUCUCUGCUGUGUUGCCAGAGCUCACUCCAGGUUGGACAAUGUCCUGCAGGAGCGGAUCAGCAAGGAGAUCCCACAGAGUCCAGGACAUGUCAGGACACUGUGAGGAUCAAAUUUCCAGAGUUCCUUGUUUAUAGAUAUCUUCACUGUUCUUGUUUUUAUAUGUUGCUGAUUCUUCUUUUUCAACCUUGUGUGUCUAAUCAUCCUGUUGUAGGAUGUUUUCUGGUUCACACUGGUCAUAUAGCAUAAAGGCCAUCACCUUGCACACUCGCGCAGAAUAAAACCUGCUGCAGUCUCAUAUCAACUCACUCAUACAUUUUAGAAAAGGCUGGCAGGACAAAGUCUGAGUAGAGUUCACACCCAGGUUGACCAUUUGGGGAAGUUUAGUUCGUGUGAUUCAUCAACAGAUGACUGUAGUGCACUCAGGAGCAACAUGUUAAAGAGAGCUCUGCAUUACUGUAACAACACACACGCACACACAAUUAAACUUGUGCUAACAUUUUGAUGUGCACAUUUAACGCAGAUAAUGGUGCUGUAAAUAAUGACUUUGUUUUGGUCGUAUAAAAGCAGAUGGGAUAAACUCAGUGACAGAGUUUAAUGAUGGGAAACCUGCUCUACUUUAACAAGUUUACAAAAAUUCACUGAACAUUUUGCUGGAACAUGAUUGGAUGGAACAGCUCCAGCAGCCAUAGUGUGCAGUUAUGCUUGUUCAGAAACAUGGCACCUGUUAUAACAGGACAUUAUAUUACACAUAACAUACAGGGGAUAACACACAGGACAGCUUCUACAUCUUAGUAUUUUCAUACUAUGUUGACAUUGAUUCAUCGAGUGUACUUCUUAUUUACAGUCCAUAUCAGGUCUGAAUGUAUUAUCUGCUCUGUGUGCAUGUACAGGUGUGCUCUGUUUGGGGGGCAGACAGGUGACCAUGGAGGACACCAAGCAGGACAGCAGCACAUUCAGCUGAAGUGA